UAUCAAACGAGAGCUAAAAACGGUGUUCACAUGGUUCACGUAAGUAGCAGGUUAGCUUUUUGUUUGUUUUGCUAACAGACGGUUUUUGGAAUUCCGGCUGAAAGAGAGCUGAUGAGAUUCAAGUUCAAGAGUCUAAAGCUGAUUUUGAAGUUUUGUCUGAAGAUAAGAAACCACAGACAGAGUCAGCUGCAAAAUCACUCAGAUCAGCUUUUGAAAAUAGUCUUCCGCACCCUGAUGUUGAGUAAAGAAGAAAUGCUCACUGAACAGCUGGAGUUGAAUCAAAUGGUUGACCAGAAGGACAUUAAAGAGGAACAAGAGGAAUACUGGACCCAUCAGGAAGAACAGCGGCUUCACCAACUGGAGGAGGCUGACCUCACAAAAUUACCUUUUACUGUUGUCUUUGUUAAGAGUGAAACCAUCGAACAUAGACUACAGUCACCACAGAUUAAUCAGAGCCGAACUGAUGAGAACACAAAGACAGAGCCUCUAACCAACACCUCAACUGCACAUAGAACACUGACAGUAAAAGUUGAUGGCGAGGAAUGUGGAGGAUCACACCUUGGCAAUAACUCCAGUCCAUAUAGGUGUUUACAGCCAGGUACAAAGGGCAGCUGUUCAGACAGUUCUGAAACUAACAGUAAUUGUGAAGGGAAAGGCAUCAAAGAACACUGUUUAGUUUUUAACUGCCUGAAAAACAGUGGUACUUCUGUUGGUAUGAGCAGGGGUAAUUCCUCUGAAUGUGGAAAAGCAAUGGAUUACAUGAACUUUUCAAUUCAACAUGGAAUUCAAGUGAAUGAGAAACAUGUUGCCUGUCUUGAGUGGGAUAAAAUGGGGACACAAAAUGGUUACCGUACUACAAGUCUUACAGGAACAAAAAUGUUGAACUGUUUUGAAUGUGGUAAAGGAUGCAAAGAUAAUAGAGAACUUAACAGGCACAUGAGAAGUCAUACAAGAGAGAAACCAUUUGAUUGUUCUGAUUGUGGAAAACAAUUUAGAGGCAAGAACAGUCUGAACAUACACAUGAGGAUUCAUACAGGGGAGAAACCAUUUGGCUGCUGUGAGUGUGGCAAAAGAUUUAGGGCAAAAAGCAAUUUGAAUGACCACAUGGGAAUGCACACAGGAGAGAAACCAUUUAGCUGUUUUGAAUGUGGUAAACACUUUAAAAAUAAGCACAAUCUGAGCAAACACACAAGGAUUCAUUUAGGGGAGAAACCAUAUGGAUGUUGUGAGUGUGGCAAAAGAUUUCAAGAAAAAAAGUAUCUGAAUAUUCACAUGAGAGUUCAUGCAGGAGAUAAACCAUUCGUCUGUUCUGAGUGUAGUAAAAGAUUUAGAGAAAAAGCCCAUUUGAACAACCACAUGAGCAUUCAUACAGGGGAGAAACCAUUUGUCUGUUCUGAGUGCGGUUUAAAAUUUCGAAUAAAAGCUGGUCUGAACAGACACUUGAGAGUUCAUACAGGAGAGAAGCCAUUUGGCUGUUCUGAGUGUGGUAAAACAUUUCGAGAAAAAGUUGGUUUGAAGAGACAUGCGAUGAUUCAUACAGGAGAGAAACUAUUUGGCUGUUCUGAGUGUGGUAAAAGGUUUGGAAGUAAAGGUGAAGUGAAAAUACAUAUGAGAAUUCAUACAGGAGUUCAACCGUUUAGCUGUUUUGUGUGUGAUAAAAAAUUUCGUCACAAAUGUAAUCUGGACUGCCACAUGCGAAUUCAUAAAGGAGAGAAACCAUUUGCGUGUUCUGUGUGUGAUAAAAGAUUUAGAGGAAAAGGUGAUGUGGACCGACACAUGAGAGUGCAUGCAGAUAAUCCACCAUUUGGUUGUUUUGUGUGUGAUAAAAGAUUUACUCAAAAAUGCCAUCUGGACAUCCACAUGAGAAUUCAUAAAGGAGAGAAAUCAUUUGGCUGUGCUGUGUGUGCGAAAAGAUUUCGAAGAAAAGGGGAUGUGAACAGACACGUGAGAAUUCAUACAGGUGAGAAACCAUUUGUCUGUUCUGUAUGUGACAAACGAUUUGGAGAUAAAAAUGGGCUGAACAGACACAUGAAAAUACAUGCAGAAGACAAACCAUUUGGCUUUAGGAUGUGAAAGUGCAACUCAACCACUCAUGUCCUUUUUGAGGAGGCAAAAAAGGAAGACUUCUGAAAGAAAGUGGUGCAACUGUGCAUAUAUAUUGAAUACUCUGAAUAUUAAUUUAAUGUUCACAGAAAUAUACUUUUAAGUAGCCAUGAUAGACAUGAGUUGUAACUGCACAAAUUGAAGGUUCACAAAGUCACAGUUUGCAUUCAUUUUGUGCUUUUCUGUUAGUGCCUUAUUGGCAUCCAUUGUAUUUCUCAUAUGCAUUUGUUUCGGUGAUCAAAUAUACGCAGUGGUUUUAAUUAUAUUUCAUUCUCACUCGGGUUCUAAAAAUCUGAAUUCAUUCUUUAAAGUGCAAGAGGUAUGAAGUGCAUUUUCCUCAAAAAAAAAAAAAAUGUUGUGAAACAGCCCUCUGUCUAGUCUUAAGCUGUUGGUCCAGAUUGUGCACUGGCUGUCAUGGCAGAGGUACUGCACCCUUGAAGAAUAUGAAUAAUUGAAAACUGGCUAUAAAAGUGGUGCUUUAACAAUGAUAACAACCACAACCUCUAGUUUCUGAAGAUAGAGGGCCUCGAUAUAAAAAAAACGCUGUAAUUAUUAAUGUUAAACCCUUUCCAUUAUGAUAGAAAAAAGCACAUCUUGUUUCAUGUCAAAAUAUAGGUGUACAGAUGUAAAACUGCAAAGUCUGAAUGCUUUAAGACCUUAGUGUGUGUUUGAAAUCACUCAUUGACAAUAGUCAAUUCUUAUGACUAUUGUCAGAUAAGCACUACUUUUCCAUGGAACACUGAAUGAAGAAUGUCAAAUUAAGUAAUGUGACAGUCACAUUGUGGCUGUAAAUUGGAGUGUAAUGUUACAUUGUUAUUAUAGGAGUGACAAUGAAAUAAAUGUUUUCUGUGAAACAUCUAAUAAAAAGCCGGUUUACUGAAGAAAGUAGUACAGAAAUGAUCAGUACCAAUGUUCAGUCAUGUUCCACCUUUGUCCAGCAAAGGAAUUAUUUUUAUUAGUCUGAUCAAUGUUACUAUCAUAUUUCAUGCUGUCCCUAUUUAUAUAUAAAAGUAAAAUGAGUCCAGUAGAAAAAUGUACAAAAUUCAACAUGUAGCCAGCUACUCAUCAAUUAUGUUGCCAAGAUAUUUGACAAUAAAACGUCUGUUGACUUUCGCA